UCAGGGCCAUCCAGGAGUGCAGCGAAUGAAAGCGUUAGCUAGGAGCUUCUUUUAUUGGCCUACAAUAGAUGCUGACAUCAAGGAAUGGGUGAAGACAUGUCACCCAUGUCAAGCAGCUGCCAAAUCACCCGCACAUUCCGCUCCGGUACCAUGGCCGAGGGCAGCAGGCCCAUGGCAACGUUUACACGUCGAUUUUGCGGGCCCACUAGACGGUGAUUAUUACUUAAUUGUCGUAGAUUCGUUUUCUAAAUGGCCCGAAAUAAUCCGUACCAGUAACGUUACAGCGAAAGCUACUAUAGCCAUGUUACGCUCACUUUUCGCUCGUUUUGGAAUCCCGAAAACGUUGGUAUCGGACAACGGUACGCAGUUCACCAGCGAGGAGUUCGGACUAUUCUGCGACCGCAAUGGUAUCGAACACAUCACAACAGCCCCCUACCAUCCGCAAUCUAACGGGCAAGCUAAAAGAUUUGUGGACACUUUCAAGCGAAGAGUCAGAAAGAUAUCUGCGGAUGGUACCUCACUACAAGAAGCGCUGGAUACAUUCCUACUAGUACAUCGAAGUUCGCCAAACCCUUCGUUAGGAAAUGCUAAGUCACCGGCGGAUAUCAUGUUGGGAAGGCAAAUGCGCACAACUUUAAACCUGCUCCGUCCACCAAGUCCUGAAACCAUUAGUAUGGAAAACGAACCGAAACCAAGCAGACAGUUCCAACCCAACGAUCUAGUCUAUUUUAAACGCUUCGCAGGUAACGGAUGGAGAUGGGUAGCUGGCACCAUUGUUAAGCAAAUAGGUCAUGUCAUGUAUAUGAUUGGAACGGAUGAUCAGAAAAUGUUUAGAUCUCAUAUUAACCAGAUACGCAAGCGCUACGAGAGGCAUCAUCACGUUCCGGCUUCGGUCACCCAUCGUAAGCUGCCGAUAGAUGUUUUGUUGGAUACCUGGCAGCUAACACCGCAACCAUCUACUGGCACGUCCCGCAUACCACCACAGCCAGUCGACCCCGAGCAUGUGGACAUCUCUGUGUCCCCUCAUCAGCCGUCAUUCGAGACCAACGGUCCUUAUGUUCCCGCUACAUCGCCAGCGACAUACGCAAGCCCGACGACACGACCUGUUCCAUCGUGUGCGUCGGCCCAGGUGCCACGACGGUCUUCUAGAGUUAGAAAACCGCCCAGUCGGUUCGACGUGUACCGUCGGUUUUAAAAAGAGGGGGAGAUGUUAGAUGAAAGA